AUGUCGGAUGACGAAGUAGAUCUCGAGCUUCUCGCUCUUCUUCGCCAGCACCUGCAGGGCGUCUCCAUCAAAGACGAAGAGCCCGAGACAGGCGUCCUGCCCGACGCCGAAUACGUCUACAACCAUGGAAUCGACGUGGCCAUCGACAUGCAGUCGACGAAGCGGGCUGCAGAGUCCAUCUAUGCGCAGAUGCAAGAGAAGAGCUAUUCCACCUCCACCUGGUCAUCGCACGAGCUGCAUCCCAAGGCCAAGGAUGAGGCCACCGCCGCCUUCAUCUUCACCAUGGACCUGCUCAACUUUUCGUUCUGGUCUGAGCUGCCUGAUGACGAGAGGUUUGCUAUUGAGUACAAGGGGAAGCGGUGGACGGGGUACUGGAGUCUUGUGGCAGCCAUGCAGAGGGCCCUUGAGGAAGACAUCCCAAUUACGGAUCCUCAUUUCUGGCAGAAUGAGGAAGAAUGCAAUCUAGAAUCGCUCAGACACGUCUUUCGAUCCUGCACAGAGGAAGAAAUGCCUCUUCUCCAGGAGCGACUGGACUGUCUCCGAGAAAGCGGAAACGUGCUCUACAGUAAAUACGAUUGCUCUGUUGUCAACCUCAUCUCCGCGGCCAACGGCUCCGCGGCCCAGCUCGUCAACCUGCUUGCCAGGGAUUUUGACUGCUUCAGAGACGAGCACCCUUUCGAGGGCAGACGCAACCCCAUUCGCAUCAUGAAGCGCGCUCAGAUCUUUGUGGCCGACAUAUGGGCUUGCUUCGAGGGCAAGUCGUAUGGCGAGUUCCGCGACAUUGACAAGAUUACAAUGUUUGCCGACUAUCGUGUGCCUCAGAUACUCUCUACCCUCGGCGCAUUGUACAUUGGUCCGCAGAUCCAUGCGGCGAUCCGUGACAAGAAACUUAUCGAAAGCGGAAGCAAGUGGGAGAUUCAGCUACGAGCUUGCAGUAUUUGGUGCGUUGAGUUGAUACGGAGGGAGAUCCAAAAGGCACAUCCCGACACUCACGUCAAUGCUAUUCUGAUCGACUUCUUCCUUUACGACACAAUGAAAGAGAUGGAAGCAGAGGGCAAAGAAACUAUCCCUCAUCAUCGCACACGCAGCAUCUGGUACUGA